UGCUUGUUGGAGUUUGCUUGGUUUUAAUAUUCCCAGUGUGACUGCAACUUUUAUUGAUUUAUUCAUGCAGUGUUGGGAUGGCCUUGGACAAUAAAAAGCCGAACUAUUGGCUUUUCUGGCUUGGCAUUUAUGGAAGGCAAGAAAUACUUUUUGCUGGUCGGCAAAAUUGGUGCAACCAACCCAGAUUGCCUGUAUGGUUUCUACCCAUUGUAUGGAAUGGCAUUCUUUUGAUAAUUUAAAUGUAGCUAUAGGACAAAGACUUUUCCAUGGAAAUGGGCCAAGUGUGAGGCCAUGUGUCAACUUGAAUAAUAAUGUUAGUUGGCAUGCAUUUUGUGAUGCUUCACUAUUUCAAAGCGAAGAUGUAACAUGUGCUGCGGUGGUGUUUGAGGAUAGUGAAGGCAGGUUCUUACAAGUUGUGUCUACUCAUUCUGCAGGAUGCAAACAGCCUGCUACAGCUGAAGCUUUGGCUCUUCAUUCUGCUCUACUUUUUAUUGGUAAUCAUUAUCAGUCUAGUGGUUAUAUUUUUAUUGAUUGCCAGGUUUUAUUUUGUGCUUUGAAUUCUAAAACUUUAGAUCUUUCGGAAUUUGGGGUUAUUGUGAAAGAUUAUAAGCAACUCGUAGUUGAUAGGCCGGAUAUUUAGAUUAGAUGGAUUCGGCGUACUAUGAAUGGUGCUGCUCAUUCCCUUGCUAGAGCAUCCAUUCGCUUUUUACCACUUUGUAUUUGGGAGAGUGUCCAUGAUGUUCUC